AUGGCGGAGUCCACUAUUCGAAUUGCUAUAAUUGGAGGUGGCCUCGCGGGAAUGACUCUAGCCGCUGGCCUCACCAAGAUUCCACAUGUUGAUGCUCAAGUAUACGAAGCAGCGCGAGAUAUUGCAGGGAAUCAUGGUGGUUCUUAUACCUUUAAUAGUACCACUCAAAGAAGUUUCGAACGAGUCAUUCCCUCGGUACAAGAGCUUCUACGUAGAGCUGGUGCUGUCCCUAACAAGUCAUCUCGAUUUAUCUCGGGGCUGGGUCCAGACAUGGGCACUGUUAUUUUCGACAACUGGACUACCGAACCAGCCCCGGCGUGUUUACGUCGCUCACGGCUCUUGAGUGAAAUUAUCACACAGAUCCCCGAAGAGACUAUCCACACCGGCAAAAAGCUGGUUACUAUUAGCUCUAACGGUGACGGCGUGGAAGCUAACUUCGAAGAUGGCACGAAGGGACAGUUCGACGCAGUUAUCGGCGCGGACGGAAUAUUUGGCAAUGUUCGCAAGUAUGUCCUAGGGGAUACGGUAGCUGACAAAUACGCAGCUAAGCCAUCCGGAUUUUGGGAUAUCAGAGUCCUACAACCCUAUGAGAAAGCAAAAGCUCUACUUGGUGAGGAGAACUUCGAGUUGGAUCGCCAAUACGUAUGGAUUGGUGGUGGCUCGUGUAUUUUGCACGAUGUCCUGGAGGAUCGAACUUUGGUACAGUGCAUGAUAUGCAGCGUCGAGGCAGAAAGUCCAAAAGACAGAAGACAUCAUCUUACUAGAGAAUACUUAAUGGAAAUAUUGAGUGAUUGGGCUGGUAACCCUGUUGCUAAGGGUAUGAUAGACCUCAUACUAGACUGCAAAAGGCCAUACGGCUACUCACAGUGGGAGCAUAGGGAGACACCUACCUACUCUAAUGGACGCAUCUGUAUCAUCGGCGAUGCAGCUCAUGCAACAAGUUCAUUUCAUGGGUUUGGAGCCGGGACAUCAAUCGAAGAUGCCAUGGUUCUGAAGGCACUAUUUAAUAACAUAUCGUCGCCUAACGAAAUCGAAGCUGCGUUCAAAGCGUUUGAUAGCGUUAGGCGGGAGAGAUCGCAAAGGGUUGUCAAUUCUAGCAGGGAAAUUGGAGAAAUAUGCCUUGGGCGCCACUCCGAGCCAGACAAGUUCAGACGAGCACUUGCUCCUAAGCUUGCGUUUAUCGAUGCUAUCGAUUAUGAGGAACAUGAGAAGGAAGCUAUAAACAAGAUGAGGGAAAUUCUAAAGUCCCAACUGAGUAACUAG